AUGACGUGCUACGAGGUGGUGCCAAUUUCCGGGAAGGGCGCUGGCGCCGUGGCGUUGCGCGACCUAUGCCCCGGCGAGCUGGUGGCAGAGGAGGCGCCGGCGUUGCAGUGGUCGGGCGCUGAGGACGAGGAGGAGUUGCAGCUUGCGGCCGCCGACUUGUCGGAAGAGCAGCGUCGAAGGCUACUGGACCUGGAGGACACCUUUGCCGAGAGCGAGGCAGACAAGACGCUGCUGGGCAUCGCGUCCACCAACGCCUUCCAAGCGGGCGAGCAGGAAGGCUACGAGGAGAGAGACAGCCGUGUGCUGUACUUGGAGCUGAGCCGCUUCAACCACUCCUGCCGGCCCAACUGCGAGGGAAGCUGGGACAGCCGCGAAGGACGGUUGCAGAUCUAUGCCUGCAGGGACAUCCCCGCGGGUGAGGAGCUGUGCAUUUACUACGUGGAUGUGCGCAUGCCUACCGCUGAGCGGCAGGAGCGGAUGAGGUCCUUCGGGUUUCAGUGCUCCUGCACCGCCUGCCAGGCCGCAGAUCCCAUCAGUGACCAGCGGCGCGCGCGGAUGCAGCUACUCCUAGCUCAUGACUCGGAGGAGGACGAGGAGGCGCUCCGCGGCGUGGAGGAGCUGCUGGCGCUCUACGACGCGGAGGCGCUGCACGUGGCCAACUUCCGGAAGGUGGCGGCCUACCAGGCAUACACGCUCUCCAUGUCCCUGGGGCGAAUGGCGGAUGCUGAGAAUUGGGCGCAGCGUGCCUACCAGUAUAGCCUGCAGUGCCAUGGCCCUUUCCACGCGACAACGAAGAUCCUCCGCCACCAUGCGAGCCGGAAGCGAGCCUAA